ACACAGAAGAAGGAAAUCCUCGGGGAUCCGUAUUAUCUAAGCGGACGCUAACGGCAACCGAAACGAUACAAUAUCCAAUACCGGUCGCACAACGGUUACGUUCGUCCGUCGGUCUGUGCGCGCCGGCCAUCCGUCUGCUGCACACUCGGUCCCGUCUCACCAUGCUCCGCCGUCCGUCCGGGGUGAACCGCCCGGCACCGUGAGCCCUUCGAACAUGGGAAGCGGUCACCCGUCGUCCGCUCGGCUGCUGCUGCCGCUGCUAGUGCUGGCCACCGUUCUGCGCGCGCACCACUACGAUCUGUACCUGGACUCGGGCGACGUCGAGACGCUGAUGGGCCUGGCCGCGCGGCUGUACUACGUGCGCGCGGGCCGGUUGAACGCGAACGCCGCUCGGUACGCGGUCCAGGUGCCGUCGCUGGUCGACACGGUCAACCUGACGUGGAGCUCCGCGGACGCGCUGCUGUACCGCAUGUCAGUGGACGCGGACCGGCGCACGGUGGCCGCCAAGCUGAACGGGCCUCGCGACGGCCAGGUUCCGGCCGCGGCCGCUGCGUUCUCCGUGUCGUUGCCGUGCGCCGCGGACAAGCCGUCUGGGCACGCGGUCGUCCGGCUGUCCAUCGAGACGUCGCCCGACUGGCUGCUGAACGGCGUCACCGGCGACGUGCGCCUGGUGUUCAACAAGUUCUGCGCGGAGCGGCGCGACGCCAACGGCUCGGCCGUCGUACCCGGCACCGAUGCCGCCGAAGCUGACGCCUCUGCCGCCGCCGUACCACCGUACUACGAACAGGCCUUCUUCUAUCACGCGGUGGCCGCUGCGUCGUCGUUGGCCGCGCUCGCCGUCAUCUGUUGCCUGACCGCCACCUACCGCCGCGGUAAGGCCCGGGAUCUGAUGGUGAUCAAGGGUUUCCAGAACGACGGCGUCAACGUGUUCCUGAAGUCCGCGCUCAACUCCGGCCACAAGUUCAACCAGAAAUCGGUACAGGGCUCCAAGCCCCGCGCCAAAGACCUGCACGAGUGCGUAGCCGAGCUCAGCGUCCCGAGGCACCGCGUACGGUUGCAAAACGUCGAACUGGAAGGCACUUUCGGACGCGUUUAUCGAGCCCUGUACGCCGACGCCAACGGCCAAGACGAACACGUGUUCGUCAAGACCGUCACGGAUCAAGCGAGCGCCGUACAAAUAUCCGUACUACUCCACGAGGGCUUGAGCAUGUACGGACUCUGUCACAAGAACAUAUUGACCAUACAAGCCGUGUCCGUCGAACAGCACGUUGAACCUUUUCUGGUGUACCCACACAACGACAAUACAAAUCUGAAAAAAUUCUUGCAAAACUGCAAGACAUCGGAGAGCAUGUCAUACACGUUGACCACCCGAGAAAUAAUUGACAUGACCAUACAGAUCAUAAAUGGCAUGCAGUAUUUGCACAGGAACAGACAUUUACACAGAGAUGUUGCUGCACGUAACUGUCUCGUCAACCCAGCACUGAAAAUCCAGAUAGCUGACAACGCCCUGUCCAGAGAUUUAUUCCCUAGCGACUAUCACUGUUUGGGUGACAACAAGAAUAGGCCUAUCAAAUGGAUGGCAGUCGAGAGCUUGGAGCACAAGAAAUUUAGUACGGCUUCAGACAUUUGGUCGUUUGGUGUUCUACUAUGGGAACUCUUGACCCUGUGCCAACAGCCCUACGCCGACAUUGAUCCAUUUGAGAUGUCUGCUUAUCUUCAAGAUGGUUUUAGAUUAACUCAACCAGUCAACUGCCCGGAUGAACUUUUUACCGUGAUGGCAUGUUGCUGGGCGUUAGCACCAAAUGAAAGGCCUACAUUUUCUCAGGUAUCAGUAUUUAUGAAUGAAUUCAACAAUCAACUCGUUAAAUUUGUAUAAAAGUUACUCAUGUUUUAUAUAUUUCAGUUGUGAUACAUUUUUUUAUUGUAUUUAUUUAUAUUAUUAUUAAUAAUUUUUACUUUAUACAACAGUCAAAUUUUGUCAAAUUGUAUACAACAUUAUUUAUAAUACUUUACAUUUUAUUAUUAAAUAAAUUGUUUAAUUGUGA